AUGCGCGAGAGCAACGAAACGCACGUGAGUGCAGGAGUAGCGCUCCGAGGUGCGCACGAGUUGCACGUAGAAUUGUGCGCGGCGUCAGGAGAGCCGCCCGUGCCGGCUGUAUCGCCUACUUACGGCACUGUUUUAAUUUCAGGUAGCAGAGAAGCAGCGUUCACGUACGCCAUCAUUGCUGCUGGAGUAGCACAUGCCAUCACGGCUGCCUGCACGCAGGGCAACCUGAGCGACUGUGGUUGUGACAAAGAAAAACAAGGGCAGUACCAUAAGGAGGAAGGAUGGAAGUGGGGAGGCUGCUCCGCUGACAUCAGAUACGGAAUAGGAUUUGCCAAAGUGUUUGUGGACGCCCGGGAGAUUAAGCAAAACGCAAGGACGCUCAUGAACCUGCACAACAACGAGGCCGGGCGGAAGAUUCUGGAAGAAAACAUGAAGUUAGAGUGCAAGUGCCAUGGGGUCUCGGGAUCCUGUACCACUAAAACAUGCUGGACAACCCUGCCUAAAUUCCGCGAGCUGGGCUACAUCCUUAAGGACAAGUACAACGAAGCAGUUCAAGUUGAACCGGUGAGAGCAAGUCGUAACAAGCGUCCAACCUUCCUCAAAAUAAAGAAGCCACUUUCCUAUCGCAAACCCAUGGAUACAGAUUUAGUGUACAUAGAAAAAUCUCCCAAUUAUUGUGAAGAAGACCCUGUCACCGGCAGUGUGGGAACGCAGGGAAGGAUGUGCAACAAGACAGCCCAGCAGUCCAAUGGCUGCGAUCUGAUGUGCUGUGGCCGAGGUUACAACACACACCAGUACUCAAGAGUGUGGCAGUGCAACUGCAAAUUUCAUUGGUGCUGCUAUGUAAAAUGCAACACAUGCAGUGAAAGAACAGAAGUAUAUACCUGUAAGUGAGUACAUGGCUGGGCAGGCUCUGUCCCUGGCCACGAAUACAUUUGCACAUGCACUCAACAAACCUACACAAGACUGUAGGAAAGACCUGCUCUCCCAGAAGAAAUGCUGAUGAAUGGAGCC